GUGAAUGUGACACUUGAAGCUUCAAGUUGGGCAAGGGCUCAAUGGAAAGAAAACAUUUCCCAGUUUGACCUGUCUGAACUUCACAAAUCUGCUGAACACGAAAGACUAUCCCGACUUUUCAAGGCUGUCGAAGUCCUUGGGUUUGCUGCUUUGGAUGAUGACAAACUGGCUCAAAGGACAAAUAUCGAGUCAGACAUGACUUCCAUCUACAGUUCUGCCAAAAUAUGCCCCUUUGACAAGCAGAAUUGUGACCUGAAGAAGGAUACAACCUGGUCUCUUGAACCAGAGUUGACGGAACUGUUCCGAGUUCAACCGGAAAAAGAAAACUUCGAAAAGUUGGAGUAUGUUUGGGCAAAAUGGAGAGAUGCGUCCGGAAAGCUUAUUAGACAGAAGUACUUGGAUUACGUCCGUCUGAGUAAUGAGGCUGCAAUUGCCAACAAACUCAAGCCCUUCUACCAGGAACUGCAUGCCUACGUAAGGCACAAACUCAGACAAUUUUAUGGAGAAGAGAAAAUAAGUGCGGCAGGACCAAUUCCUGCUCAUGUUCUGGGUAUGUAUACAUCUUAUUGCUUGUGUAGACAAAAUCUUCUGGAAGAAGCGCGGAACAUGUGGGCGCAGAACUGGGAAUCGAUAUUCCCCGCAGUGUCCGAAUUCAAGACAAAGUCGUUGGACGUCACGGACGAGAUGUUGAAGCAAAAUUACACUGUCCGCCGAAUGUUCGAGAUUUCCGACAAGUUCUUUGAAGACCUCGGGCUAAUAAGUGUCAACGACGGAGCCGCUGAUUUCUACGGAUUAUCCAUGCUGGAGAGACCGGAAGACGGGCGUGAAGUUGUUUGUCAUGCGUCCGCUUGGGAUUUCUCCGCCACAAACAAGCUUCCUGGAGAUUUCAGGAUCAAGAUGUGCACCAGAGUCAACAUGAAUGAUCUCAUCGUCGUGCACCAUGAACUCGGUCAUAUUCAAUACGGAUUCCAGUAUGUAAAUCAGUCCCCGUUAUUCCGAGAUGGGGCAAAUCCAGGUUUCCAUGAGGCCAUCGGUGAUACUCUGGCGUUAUCAGUGUCAACCCCGAAACACCUCAAGUCCAUUGGAUUGCUCAGCGAGGAUUUCAAGGUGGACGAUGAAGCUGAGCUUGCGUUUUUGCUCAGGAUGGCGCUGGAGAAAGUCGCCUUCUUACCUUUCAGCUACGCUAUGGAUUUAUACCGCUGGAAAAUAUUUGAUGGAUCCAUCACCACUAAAAAUUUGAAUUCUGAGUGGUGGAAACUUAGAGAGGGUUUCCAAGGGAUCACACCCCCUCUGAAACGUUCCGAGGAAGAUUUCGACGCUGGUUCCAAAUUCCACGUCGCAGCCGGGGUGCCUUACAUUCGCUACUUCGUCGCCUUCAUUCUU